CUAAACAAACUUCGAAAAUCAGAAAAAAAGAAAACGACAGCAAAUUCAAUUUGAAAAAGAUUUACAAAAACAAACAUACAUACAUUUAUUUUUAGAAAAUUUCCGAACUAACGCCAAUAAAAAGCUAAAAUGCCCUCUUUAGCAACGACAUCAAUCAGUUCAUUUAAGUUAGCACGUUUUAGUCGUCCACUGCGUUUCAAUGACCCGAUUGUGCGCGAGCAACCCGAAUGCUACUCCAUACGAGCAUCACUCAUAGACUACAUACGUCAAGACCUACAGGAGUUAUCGCGUCGUCUGUUCUAUCAACGGAUAUAUAUAUUUGCGAAGAACAAAUUGGAUGUAGAGCCACCGUCGCUACACAGUCGACCGACGCCAACAGUACUGCCGACACAUGGCGGUUCCUACCGAUCGGGCAGGCGUUCAGUAAUCUCAGUGACAUCGGCACGACGAGAUACGCUCGAUUUUAAAAUACUCCUACAGAUGGAAUUGCAACAUAUAUUAAUGCACGAUGCUGAGAAUAGUAUAUCUGGCGAUAAGCCCACCGGUCUGUUUCUGUAUAUGGGCGACUAUUCGUUGUUGAUGUUCGAAUGCGUUGAAGAUAUUGUUGGCUCCUUUUGUAACCAAUUGAGUGCCUUCGCUGAUAAAUAUUUCUACGUCAAUAAAGUCUUUCUCACCGAAGAUCGCACUGGAGAGACUUAUUUUCAAAAUUUCCAUUACCGACGUGCCAUACCGAUUAACAUUAACGAAAAGUUUCCGCCAAACACAGUCACCGACGUGGAGCUAAUGAGCCAACAACACUUAACGAUUAAGGAUAAAUUGCACGAGCUGUGUACCACGCUCGCAGAAGAGAUACAGCGUGGACAGGAGUCUGCUGUACAUAGUACAUUAAGCUCUAAUAAGGGUACAUUCACUUUGUGGCGAAACAGUCUUGAUUUCGGUGAAGAUCUAACGCCAACCACAUUCAAUAAACUCUUACCCGAAGUGCAGCGCAUCGAAUUGGUGCUGAAUUGCAAUCGUUUCUACUGCAAUGUCCAACGGCGUGCUUUAAUGUACAAUUGUAUACCCGGCGAGUUGGAUGAGAAGCUGCACACUUGGCCUAUACCAUACAAUUAUACACCGAUCGGUGUGUUCUGGCAUUCGCCAUACGAUGUUAACUUGACAUUCUCGGAUUAUGGCAAGAAGGAAGAACAGGUGCAGGAGAAAGGCUCUGGUUCGGAGGGAAGUGAGGAGAAGGGAGCAUAGUGAAUGCGUAAUUUUUUCGGCAGAGAAGUUAUAGCGAAACAACAAAAAAUAAAGAUCUUAAAUAAUUCCUUCUUCAAUUAAUUUUUACUGACUAAUUUAAUAAACAUCUAAAACGAC